UGCCGAGAUUCGACUGUCUGCAUUUAGGCUGGUGGUUUUGACGUGCGGAAGAACGUCCGCCGAAAUGAGGUGUCGAAGGUUAAAUAAACAUUUACGCCUUUGAAAGACGAGAUACGACUGCCCUUCGCCAAGUUGCAGGUGGAUUCGACGGAGAACCAUGUCGCUACUAGCGGAUUUUGUCGUUGUGACCGUGUCGCAAGUGGUGUUCUUCGCGGGCGGCUGGGUAUUCUUUAUGAAGAAGCUAUUCAAAGACUAUGAGGUUCAUCACCUCUCUGUACAGCUACUAUUUUCUAUAACUUUCUCAUUGUCUUGCACGAUGUUUGAGUUGAUCAUAUUUGAGAUCCUGGGCUUCCUUGACACAAGUUCUCGAUAUCUCCACUGGAAGCUUGGAUUGUACGCCAUUUUGUUUAUGCUAAUAGUGUUUCUUCCAUUUUAUAUUGGCUAUCUUAUAAUCAGCAAUGCACGUUUUGUACGUGCGAGGCUCGUCAAGCCACUUGCACUUGGUGCGUGGCUCGUGUUCGUCUAUUUAUUCUGGAAGAUUGGAGACCCGUUCCCAAUCCUAAGCCCAAAACAUGGCAUACUCUCGAUUGAGCAAGUCAUCAGCCGUGUGGGUGUCGUGGGUGUCACGCUUAUGGCUGUGCUCUCUGGAUUUGGUGCAGUCAACUACCCAUACACCUCUAUGGCCUACUUUAUGAGGGUAGUUACUCUCACCGAUGUGCAAAACAUGGAGAAGAAACUCCUUCAGACGCUUGAUGUAAUCAUCAUGAAGAAGAAAAGGAUCGCCCUGGCCAUGAGGGAGAAGCAAAAACUGUCGGCAUCGGGUCGUCAAACCACCGGCAUCUGGGGCAUGCUGCAGAGCGUCACCUCAUCUGCAGCCAGCGGUACUGAAGACAUUGGCCAGCUGAAGCAAAGUGUAGAAGCCCUGGAGGAGUUCAGCCGACAGUUGUUUCUGGAGACGGUAGAGAUACACAACAUGAUGGAAAGGAUAGAGUGGUCCAAAACCUUCAAAGGGAAAUACUUCAACUUUAUCGGCUACUUCUUCUCAUUGUACUGCAUAUGGAAGAUAUUUAUAUGCACUAUCAACAUUGUCUUCGAUCGCGUCGGGAAGGUUGACCCCGUGACAAGGGGAAUGCAGAUUGCUGUCCAUUACAUGGGAUUCGACGUUGAUGUGAAGUUUUGGUCGCAGCAUAUAUCUUUUAUUCUGGUUGGCAUCAUCGUCAUCACUUCUAUACGGGGCCUCUUGAUAACGCUCACUAAGUUUUUCUAUGCAAUUUCAAGCAGCAAGUCCUCCAACAUAAUUGUCUUGGCUCUUGCUCAAGUCAUGGGAAUGUACUUUGUUUCAUCAGUGCUGUUGAUAAGAAUGAAUAUGCCUGCAGAAUAUAGGUCUAUCAUCACAGAAGUACUGGGCGAGCUACAGUUCAACUUCUACCACCGGUGGUUUGAUGUAAUAUUUCUUGUCAGUGCGCUCACGAGCAUCGGCUUUCUUUAUUUGGCCCACAAGCAGGGCCCUGAACGUGACACUGUGCAGUAACUCGGCUGCUUGAUGAUUGACAACACUUGUUUCACAUGGGCAUACUAGAUAGAUGUUCACGCCUGGCUGAGCAGUGCUUAUAAAACAGUGUCAAGUCCUGGCACACACUGAUCAGCCAUACUGCCAUGAUAAUACUGACAGGAUCGAAGGCUGAGGCUGCGAAAUUUUCGCUGAAGAGAAGACUCCAGAGCCUGCGAUGAUAAAACACCGCUCAUAUUGUGUUCUAAUAAACUAUUCAUCUAUAUUUUCAUAUUCA